AUGCAGUGUUUGUGGAUUUCUGGAAUAAAAUGGGACGAUCCCUUACCAUCCGACCUUUUCACGCUAUGGAAGAAGUAUCAGUCGGAACUUCAUUUAGUUAACACGCUUGUCAUUCCUCGUCGCAUUACUGAAGAUUGUGCUAUCUCAGUCCAGCUGCAUGCCUUUUCGGAUAGUUCUCAAAAGGGAUACGCUGCAUCAGUCUAUCUCCGUGUCGAAACUGCGACUUCAGUACGUUGUCAUUUUGUUACAGGCAAGACCAGAGUCGCACCUCUAAAACAUGUUACCAUUCCCCGUUUGGAACUAUGUGGAGCCGUUCUUGCAGCACAACUUCUUCGUUACACCGUCUCAACGUUUCAAGAUCGUCUACAUAUCGAUAAACUAAUUGCAUGGACUGACUCUACCACAGCCCUUGCUUGGAUUCGAUCGUCACCGCAUCGUUGGACGACUUUUGUUGCGAAUCGUACAAGUCAAAUACAAGAGUUGACAUCUCCAUCUAUUUGGAGACACGUUCCAACUCUCAGCAAUCCCGCUGACUGUGCAUCUCGUGGAUUAUAUCCGUCAGCUCUCAUAAAUCAUUCCCUAUGGUGGACUGGCCCACCUUUCUUAUUAAAACCUCCAGAUCAAUGGCCAGCUUUUCUCUACGUUCCUCAAGAUGCCAGCGAUACAGUGCCUGAUAUUGAGGUUAGAAAAUCUGUUGAUGUAUUCAUGACCGUAAGUUCUUCCGCUACAAAAUUACUAGAUCGCUUUUCGUCGUUAGACAAAAUCAUUCGAAUUAUUGCAUACUGUUUACGCGUCAGAAAUGUUAAAAAACCGGAACAACAAACCACAUCAGUUCUGAACGCGGAUGAAAUACAUCACGCCUUGUCUGCUCUCAUUUUUUCUGUACAACAAUCCGUGUACCAGGACGAAAUCGUACUACUUACGAAACACUUACCCUGCUCCAAACCACUGCGUAAAUUGGACCUAUUUAUUGAUCACGCUGGAUUUCUCAGAGUGGGCGGUCGCCUUCAGAAUGCCGACCUUCCAUAUAAGCAGAAACAUCCGCUUCUCCUACCGUCACAUCAUCGAUUGACAGAUCUGCUCAUUGACCACCACCAUUGCAAAUUGAAACACCCCGGUCCGUCUGCUCUCCAAACUCACUUACAACGAACGUUUUGGAUCCAGUCAUCCCGGCAAGUAAUCCGUUCACGUUUGAGGCAUUGUCUUGCAUGUUUCCGUACGAGGCCACAAUCCGUUCAACCAAAAAUGGCUGCGCUUCCUAAGUACCGCGUCCAACAAAUUAAACCCUUCGCCAUCACUGGUGUAGAUUAUGCUGGACCAAUUACUUUAAAGAGUCAUGUAGGACGAAAGUCAAGUUCAAAGUUGGCCUAUAUAUGUCUGUUUGUCUGCACAAAUACGAAAGCGGUUCACUUAGAAUUGAGUUCUGAUUUGUCAACAGAAACAUUCCUAUUGGCUUUAACACGUUUCACAUCUCGUCGCGGUCCAGUGAAUGAAAUCCACAGCGAUAACGGUACAAACUUUGUUGGAGCAUCACGCCUGUUGAACCCAAUACAAACGUUAACCAACUCACAAUCAUUCCAAACUCGCGUACGUGCCUAUCUGGCCACAUCCAGCAUAAUAUGGCAUUUCAACCCCCCUUCGGCUCCUCAUUUUGGGGGAUUAUGGGAAGCCGGAGUGAAAUCCACAAAGUCACUUAUUCUUCGCUCUAUUGGACUCCAUAAGUUAACGGCUGAAGAGUUCAUGACACUUUUAACCCAAGUUGAAGCUACGCUAAACUCGCGGCCACUAUGUGCCUUAAGCAAUGACGUAUCAAAUUUCGACGCUCUCACACCAAGCCACUUCUUAACACUGGAACCAUCUACGUCUCUUCCAGACCCCAACUUAGACAACGUACCACUAUCAAAACUGACUCGUUGGCGUCUUAUAUCAGAUAUUCAUCGUCACUUCUGGUCUCGCUGGAAGAAUGAAUAUCUCACUACACUUCAGGUUCGUUCAAAAUGGUGCUCCAACGGGAAACAGUUGAAUGUUGGCGAUCUCGUUCUUAUUCGAGAAGUCACACAUCCACUACAAUGGUCAGUGGGAAGAAUUCGUCAACUUCAUCCAGGUUCAGACAGAAUAACCCGGGUUGCAACAGUGGAUACUGCCACCGGAUCUUUUAUUCGCCCAGCUGUUAAACUGUGCCCCUUUCCAUCCUUUUGA